CUCAAACAGCACGACAUUUACGACAGUACUCGUUGCCAUACGGCAGCGUAAAGUGCUGCAGCUGAAGUAAACAUGCGAAGAGUUCAGUAGCGGAUAAAAGCACCGAUGGAGAACUACAGCAAAGCUCGGACGGUGGAGCAGCCGUCCGUCUGUCCGUUCUCCGGCCUCCCCGCCGACACGCCGGAGAUCCGGGUCAAAGACGGCAGCAAGAUCCGCAACCUGCUGCGCUACGCUCUGAGCCGCAUGGAGGCCAAGCCCCGGGCGGCGGAGGAGGCGGCGGAGGAGGCGGCGGAGGAGGCGGCGAAGGACGAGGAGGGGCGGCAGGAAGCGCCCGGCCGGACGCUCUGCAAACAGCUCGUCUUCACGGCGAGCGGCAAGGGCGUCUCCAAGGCCGUCACCUGCGCUGAGAUCGUGAAGCGGCGCCUGAAGGGCCUCCACCAGGUCACCAGGCUGGUCUUCAGCUCCGUGGUGGAGGUGUGGGAGCCCCUGGAGCCCGGCGCCGGCCUCGACAGCCUCACCGUCAACAGGAAGCUCCCCGCCGUCUGGAUCCUCCUCUCCAAGGAGCCGCUGGACCGCAGCCAGCCGGGGUACCAGGCCCCCGGGCGCUACGACGCCCUGUGGGCUCAGGGCUCCUCCCGGGAGGAGGGAGGAGGCUUCACCGGGCAGAGAGCAGCACACAGGAGGAGGAGAGGAGGAGGAGGAGGAGGAGGAGGAGGAGGAAGCAGAGGGAAAGGACCCGGGCGUCCGACUGGACGAUCCAGAGAGUCGACAAAAGGACAGAGUUGAUUUGUGUUUUUGUUUUAAAGGACGGAUCCAUCACAGCCAAAGAAAACUGAUGACGAACUGAGACUCAUCCACAAGUUUAUCACAGAUAAAGGAGAAUGUUUUUGUGUUUAUUAAUCUGAUUUUAAAACGUUCACGUCAAACCGCUGGAAACUUUCAUCUCUAAUAAACUUCAGUGUGUUCAGACCUCGUCUUUAAACUGAUCUGGUCUCUGGAGUCCUGGUCCCAUGAAAGACCUCUGCUGACCAGGCCUGAUCUGUGGAGGAGGCGGUUCUGAGUCGUUCAGGACUUGGAUGAUUAUUGAAGAGCUGACUUUAUCGUCUCUGUGUCUUUGGUUUCCUUUGUUUGUCGUGUGCCUGAAAUCUUGAGUUGUGACGUAAAUUAAAGUUAUUUUCUCUCUGA